AUGUGUGUGCUGUGGGUUACACACUUGCACCGGUAUGUUUGUGGCCAGUGUCCCUGGUCCAGAUCGGCCGACCUCCUGGAUCUGCAUUCAGACUGCAUCUGUGGCUACAAUAACGUACAGAGACUGACAAUACAGUGCAGUCCCGUUAACUUCACUCAACUCAUGACAGCCAUCCACCUGUCGGUCCAGAAGAUGCCCAUUGAUAUGCUGUACAUCAAUAACUCGACACUAACCACAAUACCCGGGGGUGUAUUCAAGAACUUGGAUGUCCUAAAUCUGCACAUAUCUAACAGCAAACUGGAAACCAUAUCUUUGGACGCCUUUAAUGGAUUAGAGGAUAAAUUAAUGACUCUAAGCAUACAAAACACUCAAAUCAAACAAUUACCUCAUUUGCAAAUCCAAAAACUUCGUGCCCUUAAAAGCCUUGAUUUGUCUAAUAAUAAAUUGGUUUCAAUUGAGAGCAAUGCGUUUGCAAACAUGCAAUUGACUACAAUUAAACUGUCCGACAAUAAUAUCACACUCAGUGACCACGCCUUUCACGGCUUGGAAUCCACGCUCAAGAAUCUCAACCUAAAGGCAACGAAUCUGCAAUCAAUACCGACAGCGAUCGGCAACUUAUCGUCACUGGCUUUCCUAGACUUGGCUCAGAAUAAAAUCAAAGACAUUGCGCCCGAUUUGCUGCUUAAUUUGCAUUCACUGACGGCCAUCAAUCUCGAGAGAAACCAAAUCGAGAGACUACACCAUCGAGUCUUUGCCGGAGUUAAUGAUUCGUUGAGUUCGUUGUCGUUAUUAAAUAAUUUAUUGGUUCACUUCCCUUCUGAUGCCAUUUCACAGCUAACAGGACUCAGAGUAUUGGAUUUAGGCUUCAAUGCUAUACAAGAGAUACCUUUUGAAGCGUUUCGUGACAAUACGUUAUUAACAUUAUUAGCUUUGGACGGCAAUCCAUUACAUACCAUUCCCUUCGAAGCCUUUCAACACUUGAACAGUACUUUGAGAGGUCUCAGCAUUGGUGGCAAACAUCUUGAAUGUGACUGUAGAUUACGAUGGAUUAUUCAGUGGAUUAGUGAGCAUAACCUACAGGUGACGAGUCGUGAGAGAAACCCACAGUUUUGCGGAAAACCGGAUAACUUGAGACGAAAAAGUUUUCUCAGUAUUAAUGAAUCGGAAAUGAUUUGCGAGGAAUCGAUGCAAACAUCACAUCAGAUGAGAGCCACUGAACAGAUAGCGUCGAGCAGUUCAACAACAAUAGGUCCGCAAACCACGGCUGACAGCCAUCCGGAAGACUCAUCACCGGUGCUGUCGGCCUCUUCUCUCCUCAAAGUUCAUUCAACGCAUUCUAAUGACACCACCAAUGGAUCCGUAUAUGAAGUGAUGGAUUCGACACCAAUGAUGACAACAACAUUGACGCCCACUUCCAAGGGCUCAGAAAUUGUGAAAAAAUCUCCGUUAAGUCGUGCGAUGUUUGGCAGCGAUAGCAUCAAAAUCAUUGACGCCUUCUUCCACAACAACUCAAUUAGUAUUGAAUGGGAACCGAUUAAGUCAAAUAACGCCGGAUAUCAAGUGGUCUAUCGCUUCUUCGGAAGUCGAGACUUCAAGAAAGGGCCGCUAAUGACCACAAGUCAGAGACGGUAUAAGACACCCACCAUUCCGUCCAACGAAUGUGUUGUCAUUUGUGUAAUCAGUUUAGAGGACCACUCAUACAAUAAACUCAAUAACAUUCCUCUCAAUCAAUGCCGUGAACUGCGAAGGGAUGGCAAUCGGAUCAGCGAUUUGGACAAAAUAGUGAUCGCAGUGUCGGCCGCCGUCUGUGUGUUCGUUAUAUUCGCGGUCUUCAUAUUCAGCUGUUGUUACCAUAAGAGCAACAAAUCCACUAAAACUACCACUCCUUUGACCAAAUCAGACCACGAAUGGGAAACAGUUUCUGUCUACAGCACCCGUAGUAUCCCCAGAGCGCGUAUGUAUCACAUGGACACUACUGUCAACAACUCUCAGCAUAACUUAGUCUUAGACGACACUCGAUCCCACAUUUCCAACUGCUAUCAGACUACUAACCCUUAUAUGAAGCACCGGUCCAUAGCGGACGGUCAGUCUAAUAGAUCGUAUUCUAUGGCCCGUAACUCGCACUCCAUUGGCGACAAUCCAGAGCUUACGAAAUCGCACCAAAGUCUGUCGGCGCUGUCCCGACACCAACCAUAUAAUCAUAAUAACAAUAACAAUAAUAGUCAUAAAAAGCACCGCAAGAAAGGUCAUCACAACCGCCUCAUCUCCACCAACUCAUUGCACUCAUUGACUGAAUACGAGUCCGAUUGGAACUACGGGUCGCACCCGAGGAUAGCCAACAACUGGAAGGAUAAUGCGCUCGACAUAUAUGUCGACCAAAACUAUGUCAUCUCAACCAACGGUCGCAAUAAAUAUCUUAAAUGA